AAGUGCAUUUUUUUUUUCAGGCGAUGAAGAAGCUAGUUUGUGAACAAUGAUCAACCACAACCAAACAUGUUAUGCUUUCCUUACAGUUCCAGUAGCUUUGGUGGUUUUGUUUUUGCUGGCUCUAUGUCAUGGCACUUCAGGGCUAACACAAGCUGAGGCCUUGCUCAAGUGGAAACAAAGUCUCCCUGAACAACCAAUUCUUGAUUCAUGGGUCACCAACUCAACUGCAAAUCAGAGUCCAUGUUCAUGGAGAGGUGUCACUUGUGAUUCUCAAGGAAGAGUCACUAUAAUCAACUUGGCCUACACUGGACUUGAAGGUACCCUUCAGUACUUGAAUUUUUCUGUUUUCCCAAACCUUCUUGGCCUUGAUCUCAAAACAAACAGCCUCACUGGCACAAUACCACAAACCAUUGGUGUGCUUUCAAAACUCCAAUACCUUGAUCUUUCCACCAAUCAUUUCAAUGGCACUUUGCCACUUUCUAUUGCCAAUUUGACCCAACUUUAUGAGCUUGAUGUGUCAAGAAAUAGCAUAGCAGGGAUACUAGACCCUCGCUUGUUUCCUGAUGGAUCAAGCCACCCCAAAACUGGUCUUAUUGGUAUUCAAAAUCUUCUCUUCCAAGACACCCUCUUAGGUGGCAGGAUCCCAAAUGAAAUAGGUAACAUCAGAUACUUGACAGUGCUAGCUCUUGAUAAUAACACCUUCUAUGGUGCAAUUCCUCCAUCACUAGGAAACUGCACACAUUUAAGCACUCUCAGAUUGAAUGAGAACUAUCUCUCAGGUCCAAUACCCCCAAGUAUUGGCAAGUUAACCAACCUAACUGAUGUGAGAUUUAUGUUCAACAACUUGAAUGGCACCGUGCCACAAGAAUUUGGAAACCUGUCCUCUCUGGUUGUGCUGCAUUUUGCUGUGAACAACUUCAUUGGUGAACUGCCACCACAGGUGUGUAAAAGUGGAAAGCUUGUGAAUUUCAGUGCUGCAGACAACAGUUUCACUGGUCCAAUUCCAGUGAGCCUCAGAAACUGCACAUCAUUAUACAGAGUUAGAAUAGAAAACAACCAUCUCACAGGCAAUGUAGAUAAGGAUUUUGGAGUGUAUCCAAAUCUUACUUACAUGGACUUCAGCUAUAACAAGGUGAAAGGUGAGCUCUCUUCAAAGUGGGGUGCCUGCAAAAAUCUGCAAACACUCAAAAUGGGUGGGAAUUCAGUGAGUGGCAACAUUCCAGGUGAGGUUUUUCAGUUAGAACAACUAACAAAAUUAGACUUAUCCUCCAACAAAAUUUCAGGAGAGAUUCCUCCACAGGUAGGAAAUGCCUCAAACUUGGAUGAUUUAAAUUUAGGUAAGAACAAACUUUCUGGCAUGAUACCUGUAGAAAUUGGAAAACUUUCAAAUUUGAGGUCUUUAGAUUUGUCCAUGAACAUGUUAUUAGGACCAAUCCCAAGUCAGAUAGGGGACUGCACCGGAUUGAUAAGUUUAAAUUUUAGCAACAAUGACUUGAAUGGCACAAUUCCAUACCAAGUUGGAAAUCUUGCAGCCUUACAAGAGUUUUUGGAUUUGAGUGAGAACUCACUUUCAGGAGAAAUUCCUUAUCUUAGUAGGCUUUCAAGUUUGAUAAGCUUGAAUAUCUCUCACAACAAUCUCUCAGGUUCUAUACCCGGUUCCAUCAAUGAAAUGAGGGGCUUGUCAUCCCUCAACCUCUCCUACAAUCAUUUGGAGGGCCCUGUUCUUAAAAGUGGCAUUUUCAACUCUUAUCAUCCUCUGGACUUGAGCAACAACAAAGGUCUAUGUGGGAAUAUCAAAGGUUUACAACCUUGUCCUGUUUCGCUCAUUGAUGGUGGAAAGAACAAGGUUUGGAUCCCCCUUGUUGCUUCUUUGGGGGGUGCUCUUGUACUUUUAUUGGUGCUAGUUGGUGUUUUCUUCUUCUGUUACAAGAGAAAGGCAAGAGCUUCAAGACAAAAGUCUUCAAUUAAGAGAACAAAUAAUCCAUUUUCAAUUUGGUACUUUAAUGGCAGAGUUGUGUAUGAAGACAUAAUGGAAGCUACCAAGAACUUUGACAACAUGUAUUGCAUUGGAGAAGGGUCACUUGGAAAAGUGUAUAAAGCAAUGAUGCCAGGAGGUCAAGUAUUUGCUGUGAAAAAGUUGAAAUGUGAUGCAGAUAACCUAGACACUGAGAGUGUAAGAAGUUUUAAGAGUGAGGUAGAGGCCAUGACAGAAACAAGGCACAGAAACAUUGUGAAGCUUUAUGGAUUUUGCUCUCAUAGAGUGCACACUUUUCUGGUUUAUGAGUACAUGGAUAGAGGAAACUUGUGUGAUAUGCUGAGAAAUGAUAAAGAAGCGUUGGAACUAGAUUGGCAUAAGAGGGUUGAUGUUGUUAAAGGUGUAGCAAAUGCUUUGUCCUACAUGCACCAUGAUUGUGUUCCACCCUUGAUUCAUAGAGACAUAUCAAGCAAUAAUGUUUUGUUAUCCUUCGAUCUUGAAGCUCGUGUCUCAGAUUUUGGCACUGCAAGGUUUCUGAAGCAUGAUUCACCUCUUUGGACAUCAUUUGCAGGCACAUAUGGCUAUGCUGCUCCAGAGCUUGCAUACACAAUGGUAGUGACUGAGAAAUGUGAUGUGUUCAGCUUUGGUGUUUUGGCAUUUGAGAUUCUGACAGGAAAGCACCCUGGUGAUCUUGUUUCAUACAUACAAACUUCGAGUGUUCAAACGAUAGACUUCAAAGAGAUAUUAGACCCUCGCCUCCGAGCCCCACUUCUUGCAAGGAAGAAUGUUUUGAAGGAAUUGGCAUUGAUUACAAACAUAGCUCUAUCUUGUUUACAAACAAAUCCUCAAUCUAGACCAACCAUGCGAAGCAUAGCUCAGUUGCUUGAAAUGGAGAAUGUAAAUCACUCUUGAUUAAAGUGUGUUACUGUUACUACUGUAGAGUGUAGACCUUAGUGGUUAUUUUUGUUUUCUUGUCUAAAAAGCAGUGUAUUACUUUUGAAUUUAAAUCACUCUUGAUUUUUUUUAUUUGGGUUUCACCUUUCUAUUGUAUUGUCUGGGUGUUUUUUUUUUGUUGGGAUUUUUUAGCUGUGUCCGUUCCCAUUUUCCACCUUUUAAGUAUUGUUUUUGAUGUUUUUUUUAGCUUGUGUCUAUGAUUUUUUAUUCUGGUUUUGACUUUA